GGAUUUGUUGGAUUUUCUCUGUAAAAAGAAUAAAAUUUCUGCAGAAUCUUCCAAAUUUUCCUUCUGCUUUCCCAAAAGCCACAAAUUUGUAGGAAUUUAUCCUUUGAUGCCUUUGGGAUUUGCUCAUUUCAAUCACCUAAGCACCCUUUUCCCUUUUAAAUAAUCCAAGAUUUUCAUAUUUUUAUCAUCUACAUAUUCAUAGAUAUAGUAUUUAUUAAAAAAGAUUCAAUUUUUCCAACACCCAUUUGGGAAUUGUUGUUGGUUUCAUCAUCAUGGGGUUUGUUGGUGAUGGUAGUUGUAGUAGUAGUGGUGGUGAUAAAGGAGGGUGCUUUAUUGGGGGUAUGAAAAGUCUUGUAAGAAGGAAGCAGGUUGAUUCUGCAAAUUCAAAAUCAUCUUCUACAUCUGGUUCUUCUCAUCAAUUAGCUAAAGCCUUAACUAUACCUCAUCUUAUUACUAUAGGGGUUGGUUCAACAAUAGGCGCUGGGGUGUAUAUUCUAGUCGGCACAGUUGCUAGAGAGCACUCAGGCCCGGCACUCACCAUUUCAUUUUUAAUAGCUGGAAUAGCAGCUGCUCUUUCUGCCUUUUGCUAUGCGGAGCUUGCAAGUCGUUGUCCAUCAGCUGGGAGUGCCUAUCAUUAUUCUUACAUUUGCGUUGGAGAGGGUGUUGCAUGGCUGAUCGGUUGGGCAUUAGUAUUGGAGUACACAAUUGGAGGUUCGGCAGUUGCUCGUGGCAUAUCCCCAAAUCUGGCUAUGCUUUUUGGAAGUCCAGACAGCCUGCCAUCUUUCUUAGCUCGUCACACAAUCCCAGGACUGAAUAUCACAGUGGACCCAUGUGCUGCAAUUUUGGUUUUUCUAGUCACUGGACUUCUGUGUGUGGGGAUCAAGGAGAGUACCGUGGUACAAGGAUUUGUCACUUCAGUAAAUGUAUGUGUCAUGGCCUUUGUAAUUAUUGCUGGUGGAUAUCUGGGCUACAAAGCAGGAUGGCCAGGCUAUGAGCUUCCUGUUGGGUAUUUUCCUUAUGGAGUCGAUGGAAUGCUUGCUGGAGCUUCAACUGUCUUCUUUGCCUACAUUGGGUUUGAUUCAGUUGCUAGUACAGCUGAGGAGGUGAAGAAUCCUCAACGUGACCUGCCAAUGGGAAUUGGUUUUGCAUUAUCAAUAUGCUGCUCUCUCUACAUGUUAGUCUCUGCAGUUAUUGUUGGUUUGGUACCCUAUUAUGCUAUGGAUCCAGAUACACCAAUCUCUUCUGCAUUUGCAAGCCAUGGAAUUAAUUGGGCAGCAUAUAUAAUAACUAUUGGAGCUUGUACUUCUCUUUGCUCAACAUUGAUGGGUUCUAUAAUGCCUCAGCCACGGAUACUUAUGGCAAUGGCUCGGGAUGGAUUGCUGCCUUCAUUUUUCUCAGAUGUUAACAAGCGGACUCAAGUUCCUAUUAAGGGCACUAUAGCAACUGGUUUACUUUCUGGAACCUUAGCAUUUUUCAUGAAUGUUGAACAGUUGUCAGGAAUGGUCAGUGUUGGUACACUUCUUGCGUUUACAAUGGUGGCUAUUUCGGUAUUGAUUCUCCGAUACGUACCACCAGACGAGGUCCCAGUUCCCUCCUCUUAUCAGGAGGCAAUUGACUCAGUACGCCUGCGACGUAGUAGCUGUAGUAGUAGUUCAGAUAUGGAUGUCGAGAAAACCAAAAUUCCAGCUGUGACCUCUGGUGAUAGCACUCCAUUGUUAGGCGAGAUUUCAGUUGGGCAUCCUCUUGCGGAAAAAGCAGCAGCAAAGUUGAGCUAUCUAGUAAGCCAAAGGCGGAAAGUUGCUGGCUGCACAAUUUUGUUCAUCUGUAUUGGAGUAUGCAUCGUUACAUCCGCUGCUUCAAUUGUUAACUUGUCUAAUCCUGCAAGGUACGCACUGUCCGGAAUUGGUGGUUUGCUUCUGAUAUCUGGUUUGAUAAUACUCACUUGCAUAGACCAGGAUGAUGCGAGGCACAGCUUUGGACACACCGGAGGUUUCACUUGUCCAUUUGUACCACUUCUGCCGAUUGCCUGCAUUCUCAUCAACGUCUACUUAUUAAUUAAUCUCGGUGGUGAAACUUGGGCCCGAGUAUCCAUAUGGCUAGUAAUAGGAACGUGCAUAUAUGCUUUGUACGGUCGAACCCACAGUUCACUAAAGACUGCAGUUUACGUUCCUUCAACUCACGUGGAUGAAAUCUACGAAACAUCAGCCAUCUCCCUUGCAUGUUAACACAUUCAUCUGUCAAAUCAAGUGAAAGAACCUUGUUUUCAGUUACUCACGGUUUACUGAAGAAGCAGCUGUAUAUUUCGUCGUUCUGCUGAUAAAAAACUGCUACAUGUUUCAGAAUAUUGAAACACAUAUCUCUUUUCCUUUAGUUCACGUCAUUUAAUUUUAUUUGUUUCCCCAUUGUAGUUCUACUACUGAAAGAGGAAAAAAAGAUGUUAUUGCAAAACACAUUUAGUAUUGUUUGUAAUCAGCAGAGGGUAGUUGAUUUUUUGAGCUUCUUUGUAUGUGUACAUAUAUUUGUGAUAGGAAUUUGUGGUUCUGGCAAUGGUGUACUUGUUGUAUGUGUAAAUAUAUGAAUUAUGAAGCUAAAGAUUUCUUUUGAGUUCCUCAAA